AUGGAUCGCCUUGCUGUUGUUAACGCCACGGCGACAAUCUCGCAUAUCAGCACAGGAACAUUCCAUCCAGAAUCACCUUCCACUGACCCUUCAAUGUCCGACUCUUCUUCAUCAUCAUCAUCUCCAUUGGAUGCUACGCCUACGUCGACUGCUGAUUGGUUAAUGGGUUUUUCCACCAUAAGUGCUUUGUCGAGUGUCGAACCCACGAGCACAAACACUGAGCCUGGUGCUUGCUAUGACAUCACAGAAGCUCAGUGUCACAUGUUGGCGUAUAACCGGAGUGGCGUGUUGCCGGGGGCGAUGGUGGUGAAGCGUGGAGAGAUGGAGAUGUUCUUGCGCUUCUUCACGUACCUGAACAGACUGAACUGUUACUCACACAUCAUGCUGUUCGGCUGCACCAUUGCACUGCCGCAGUGUGUCACUGAGGGGGGUGACAUGCGUGUGAUAUUACCGUGUCAGUCGUUCUGUGAAGCGGCGAAGGAGGGAUGUGAAUCUGUUCUUCAGAUGUUUAACGCCUCUUGGCCUGACUUCCUGCGCUGCUCACAGUUCCUCAACGUCACCACGGCAACACCUGGAGUCACGCCCACCUGCUACACCCCACGCCAUGCAAAGGGCCGAGCCUCUGUGUGUGGAGGCUCUGACAGCUUCCUCUGUGCAACAGGAAUGUGUGUCCCCCAGAAACUGGUGUGUAAUGGGUUUAACGACUGUGAUGACUGGAGUGAUGAAGCUGACUGUGUGUGUUCAGGAAAAGAGUUCAGUUGUGGAACUGGCCGCUGUGUGAAUGCGUCUCUGCUGUGUGAUGGGUAUGACGACUGUGGGGACCUCAGUGACGAGCAUAACUGCAAGUGUGACGUGUUGAAGGAGCACCGGUGUGGAGAUGGACGUUGCAUUCCACUGGAGUGGCUCUGUGAUGGAGAUCAUGACUGCCUGGACAAGAGCGACGAACUCAACUGCUCGUGUAAAGCACAGGGCUUGUUGGAGUGUAAAAACGGACAGUGUAUCCCCAGUGCUUUUCACUGUGAUGGUGAGGAAGACUGCAAGGAUGGCAGCGAUGAAGAAAACUGCACAAAACAGCUGCUUCAUGGCUCGUGUCCGCCAGGUCAGCACAGCUGUAUUUCCACUUCCUGUUCUCCUGGGUGUGGUGGUGCUGGUCCCUGUGAACCACCCAACACCAGCGCUAACUGCAGUGGCUGUGAGCCAAUCUCCUUGGAGCUGUGUAUGAACCUGCCGUACAACACCACACGGUUUCCGAACUAUCUGGGCCAUCAGUCUCAGAAGGAGAGUUCAGUGAGCUGGGAGUCCUCGCUCUUCCCUGCACUUGUUCAGACAAACUGCUACAAAUACCUCAUGUUCUUCGCCUGCACCGUCCUCGUGCCCAAGUGUGACCUGCUAACACAACAGAGAGUGCCACCUUGCAGGUCUCUCUGCAGGAGCUCUAAAGAGCGUUGUGAGUCAGUGCUGAGCAUUGUGGGAUUGCAGUGGCCUGAGGAAAUGGACUGCGCUCAGUUUCCUGAGGAAGGACAAGAAAACACGCCUUGUCUCCUUCCUGACCUGGACGUAGAAGAGUGUUCACCGAGUCACUUUAAGUGCCACUCGGGGAGGUGUGUGCUCUCCUCCAAACGCUGUGACGGACACACGGACUGCGAUGAUGACAGUGAUGAGGAACACUGUGGUUGUAGAGAACGUGGACUGUUUGAAUGCCCCUCAGAUAAAUCCUGCAUCAAGAACUCUAUGAUCUGCGACGGUUUUCCAGACUGCAGCCUCCUGGAGGACGAGAAGAACUGCUCGGUGUGUAACGAUAAUGAGCUGGAGUGUAAUAAUCACGAGUGUGUGCACCGGACUCUGUGGUGUGAUGGGAGGAAGCACUGCACAGACAGCUCAGACGAGUGGAACUGUGUCUCUCUCUCCAGCUCGGUGCUGUUGGUCAGUAAGACGGCGGUGGACUAUCAGGUUUGUGCUGAUGAGUGGAACCCGGAGCUCAGCACCAUCGCUUGCAAACAGCUGGGUUUAGGAGCUCCUCUGUCAACUGAAGUGAUGGAGGAUGUGUACAGUUUUGGGAGGAGGCGCUGGCUUCAUGUUCAUCCUGACUGGAGCCACCGUAACAACACCGCACUGCAGGGGCUUUUGGAGAAAAGAGGGCAUUCCUGUCACUCACGCAAGAAGAUUGCUCUUCACUGCACCCGAGGCGAGUGUGGGCGCAGGCCUGCAGCACGGCUGGUGAAAAGGAUUCUGGGAGGGCAUACGAGUCGGCCGGGUCGCUGGCCAUGGCAGUGUUCUCUACAGAGCGAGGAGAGCGGCCAUAUCUGCGGCUGUGUUCUGAUUGGGAGGAGGUGGGCUCUCACUGUGGCCCACUGCUUCGAGGGGCGAGAGAGUGCAGAUGUGUGGAAGGUGGUGUUGGGGAUCAAUAACCUGGACCACCCGUCCACACACACUCAGACGCGGAGUGUGAAGAGUGUGACGGUGCAUUCACGCUACAAUCGCGCCGUGGUUGAUUACGACAUCAGCAUCAUCGAGCUGGACGAGGACGUGCACAUCAGCAGCCACGUGCAGCCCGUGUGUUUACCCGAGCCUGGACACACACUCACACCUGACACCUACUGCUACAUCACUGGCUGGGGGCACAUGGGAAACCGCAUGCCCUUUAAGCUGCAGGAGGGUGUGGUCAGGGUGAUCUCUCUCUCUCAGUGCCAGUCAUAUUUUGAUAUGAAGACCAUCACCUCUCGGAUGCUCUGUGCGGGUUAUGAGGCCGGAACCAUCGACUCCUGCAUGGGUGAUAGCGGUGGUCCAUUGGUGUGUGAGGACCCGGACGGUCACUGGACUCUGUAUGGUCUGACCUCAUGGGGCUCUGUGUGUUUCUCCAAAGUGCUUGGACCCGGAGUGUAUGCCAACAUCACACACUUCACUGAGUGGAUCAGUAAACAGAUAUACUUACACACCUUUCACCUGGUCUAGGACACACACACACACACACUCUCUCUCUCUCUCUCUCUCUCUCUCUCACACACACACAUAUACCCUGUAAUGGAAAUGUAAAAAGGGAAAUGUUGAAUGUAUGUUAUCUAAUCAUUCCAGAAGGAAAAGUGUGUGUGUGUGUGAGAGAGAGAGAGAGAGAGAGACCUACAUUGUGACUCUUUUGUCUUAGAAGUGGUCUUUUUAUCAUAUGCAUUACAAAAAGAAAAAUCAAAAGCCACUUUGAUUGUGUGUGUGUGUUAAUUAUAGACUGUUAAAUGUUGCUGCUAUCUUUGUUACCUGUUGCCAAACUGCCACAGUAGAAAUGUUAAUGUUGAAAAGUGUGUGUGUGUGUGUGUGUGUGUGUGUGUGUGUGUGUGUGUGUGUGCGUGUGCGCGCGCGCAUGUGUAUGUGUUUAGGUCUCCCAGUAUUAGCUUACUGUUCCCUUCUCUCUACUGAACCUGCUUUAAACUCACUUUUUCUCUGUGUGUGUGCGUGUGUGUGUGUGUGUGCGCGUGCGUGUGUGUGUGCGUGCAUGCAUGUGUGUGUGUGUGGGUGUGCGCGUGUGUGAUUUCUGGAUUUCCCCUGCCUAUUAAUCUCACUGCUAAAAUUGUGUACUUGUGUCACCUAAACUGAUGUGUACAACAGAAAAGAAAAGCUGGAGCUGUGUGUGUGUGUGUGUGUGUGUGUAUGUGUGUGUGUGUGUGUGUGUAUGUGUGUGUGUGUGUGUGUGUGUGUGUGUGUGUGUGUGUGUGUGUUUACUUGUGCUUUUACACUUGUGAGACUUGACGUUCACAGCUGUUUACAUUUAAAGAUGUUACAUUUGUGUAAGUUUGUUAAGAACAUUGUUUUUUUUUAAAUAUAGUUUAUAAACACUUUUUCAAUCAACGUGGAUUACUUUUUUCAUAAAUAAAUAUUUAUUUUUAACACAGCUAUGUUUUAGCUAUGACUAUAGCUUUAUAUGUAUUAUAAGUUUAAAUUUAUAGCUACAUAUACAGCCACAGUUACAGCUGUAUUUAGCAGGUUUAGUUUUAUAUAUCUAUAUUAAUAGCUAUAUAUAUGUGUGUAUAUCAUAAUUUUAAAUAUAUAGCUAUGCUUAUAGCUACAGUUGUAGCUACUAAAUGUGUAUGUAUUGUUAUAGCCAUAAGUUUAAAUUCAUAGGUAUGUGUAUGUAUUUUAAGUUUAACUGUUUAGCUACAAUUAUAGUUACAUGUGUAUGUAUUGUAAGAUUUCAUUUUAUAGCUACAUUAUAGAUAUGUAAGUCUUAUCUGUUCAGAUAUAUAGCUACAAUUGAAGAUAUGAAUAUAAAUUUAAAUUUAUAGCUAAAUUUAUAACUAUAUGUCAGAUAAAUUUAAUUUUAUAAGCAUGUUCUAGUUAUAAUUUUUACAUUUAUAUAUAGCUACACAUAUAUGUCUUAUACUUUCAAGUUUACGACAUCAUGGUAAAAUUAAUAGCUACAUUUAGUUUUAUUCUUUAAACUAUACAAAAGAGAUUUAGUUACAGUAACAAGCAGGAACUCACAAGUGUAUUUGUACAAGUGUUUGUGUGAGUGUGAGUUUGAGUGUGUGUGUGUGUGUGUGUGUGUGUGUGUGUAUCAUGUACACUUAUAGAUCAGUGCUUCGGGGUUUUAAUGCAACAUUCCGUCCAAGAUGUUGUGUUUUGUAAUUUUUUUAAAACUAUUUUUCUACUGCUUUUCUAUGUGUGCACAUGAACCUGGUGAAAGUGUGAAAUAUAAGUUUCUGUAUUUUUAAUGAUGUAUUAUUUCACAUGUACGGCACUGUUUAGAGAUAUACACCAGUAAUGUUUAUGUAAACCAUGUUUAAAAAAUGAAAACACAGUGGAUUUGUAUUUCCGAAUUAAAACCCUGUCAACACAGAA